GCAAACCGUGGUCGUGCUCGGUCUGCCUGUCACUGGACUAAUAUGCCGUUCGGACCUUGCUCGGUCGCGGGUGGGAUCGGGCAUGGGAUUCCGACCCUUAACCCAAAUAUUCGUCCCGGUCGACUGUAGGACAAGCCGCAGUGCCAUGCAUUUGAGUCUCCGAUAAAUAUCACACUUUUCUCACAUCCUCAAUUUGAAGAAUGCAGGAUAACCUUCAUAGUUCCCCAAAAGGAUCAGACUGAUUCAAUGACCAUGUGUUCACACUGUUCUACUAGACCUGUGUUCACACUGUUUCUGCGGAUCGUUGAAAAAUUUUGGUUUUGUUCUUACCCAGUCACUGUGCUUCCCUCUCACAUUUCCACUGUAUAUCUUAAUCGUUAUAUGAAAAGUACCAACUGAUGUACUAAAAGCUGCUGAGAGGUAAUGUCGAUACUGACACGAAGCGUGUAUAACAGUCUGAGACCAAUCAGUGUGACGUAGGUUUUCUGUCUCAAGUUCUUUACAACCGACAUCGACAAUGUUACACCGAUCCAUCAAAAGGUGUUCUCAGAUAUUGACUGAACAGACGCCAGGAUUGGUGCGAAGGUGUUCCUCUGCGGGGCAAGUGUCGCACAAGAGGCUAGAUGGGAAGGUGGCGAUCAUCACAGGGGCAGCGGGGGCUGUCGGAUCAGUCACGGCCAAGGUGUUCGCGGAUCACGGGGCCAAUGUCAUCGUGACUGACAUCAACGACGAGGCAGGCGAGAAAGUGGCGCAGGCCAUAUCUCAGAACGCAGUUUACCGACACUGCGAUGUUUCGAAAGAGUCGCAUGUGGCCGAAGUGGUCGACUACGCGGUGAAGGAGUUUGGCAAGCUCGACAUCCUGCACUGCAACGCGGGCCGACUGCCGGCGCCCGUGGACUUUCAAACAUUGGACAUGGAGCAGUACGACAGGGCCACCGGCGUUCUCUUCCGCGCGGUGGUGCUGGGCAUCAAGCACGCAGCUCGAGUGAUGGUCCCGCAGAAGCAAGGAUCGAUCCUGAUCACCGCCAGCUCCCUGUCCUUGUGUGUCGAUCCCGGCGUGUCCUUGCUCUACAACCUCAACAAGACCAACCUCGUGGGCCUGACCAAGAUCGCCGCUGGUCAUUUGGGCAGCCAUGGGAUUCGCGUGAACGCUGUGGCGCCGGGCCCCAUUCCUACGGAGAUGAGUUUGGACUGGGCUAAAAACACCGGGGUCGCUCAGACGAUGGACGAGUUCAAGCAAUGGCUUGAGGCCAAGUCUCCUCUCCUCGGCAAGCUUUGCACAGAACGGGACAUUGCCAACGGCGCUUUGUUUUUGUGCAGCGACGAAUCUCGAUACGUCAAUGGCCAUGUUCUGGCAGUAUCUGCUGGCUACCAUAACCUUGUCAAGCACUAGCUCCGAUCAGAUGCAGAGCUUUGCUGCUGUUAAAGGCUGUGGAAAUUUCGCGUUGAGGCAAUUCGAUUGUAUAUCAUUCUCAGGUGGAAUAUCUCAAAUUUCGAGAUGCAUUUGGUACAAUGAGACUUUUCGGCGCUUUCUCGAAUCAGAAUGACCAUGACGCUACUCUCAUGCAUAGUCCCAAGCUGUCAGUCUCAUGCAUACAAUAGUCUUAGUACAAGAUGAAUGCAGUUUCUGUGGAGAGAAUGCGAGGGACGAGAUCCCGGGACGUGACGGACUGACGUUAGUGUCAGGCCGUGAGUGCUAUUAAGAUUUUCAUUUCGGUGAAGGUUGAGAUUGAGUCAGAGGAUAGUUUCCUUUUAUUAGUUUCGUUCUGUUAAUUAACAUAAAAGAAUCUGGAGUAAGGUAGAACAAAAAUUUACUGUUUUCGAAGUUAUUAAGUUUGUUGAGACAAUGA